AUGGGUCGACGCUUCGAUGGCGACUGGCCAAAGAUGUACUCCAUGGGACCUCCCAGCGAGAUACCAGAUUAUCACCCAAUCCUUGAGAAGUAUGGGUUGAAGAUCUUGAACGCGGCUGGUUUUAUCAACAAUAUACACCCGACUGAUACUAUAACUUAUGGCCCGAUGGGAAGACUAACGCAUCCUGUCUUUGGACGUCAAAUGUGGCAUGGCAUCUCUGAUGAGAUGUUCGCUUUGCUACAGCCAGCCUUGAACCUUGCGUCGGCUGUCAUGGACGACCCAGCGACGUUGAACUAUUUCUACGCUCUCGGCCAGGGAGAAGCGUCCAUGCAGACUGUGGUUGACCUUGACACCAAACUUACUUGCAAGAUUAUGGACAUCCCAACCACGCUUACCGAAGCACAGCAACGCGACACAUUUCAGCAGAUCUGGGAUAUGCAAUUUUACAUGUACUUCAGCUUUAGAGAUAUGGGUCCUACCUACGAUGCUUAUGGACAUACUCGGCCUCAAUGGAAUUCGAACAAUUGGUUUAUACAAGCGGCAAGACCAGAUACACGAUGCAGCGUCGUCGAAAUCUGCACCCGAUACCUCUGGUGGCUGAUCGAGAUGAGCAGACUCCACUCUACCGGCCAAGCAAACAAUAUCAACUGGUUCCAAGAAGUGCAGCGUAUGUUCCGCGUGCCCGCCCACAAGCGCGAGCAUAUCGACAUGAACUCAGCACACUUCCGCAUCACACUCAUGCUAGCCUCGACUAUCCUCCACGAAUUCGUGCACGCGUUUUGUAACGCCUACUUCGAAGACCCUACCCCUUUUGUUCAGCCUCGCGAACCUUGGAUUCGCGGAACGAGGUGCAAUGAACAAGGUUGCUGUUUUGAACAAUAUAUCUUUGGGGGUUUGCCGCGGGCUAUGCAUAUCAGUAUCCCACCCAUCAGCCUUAGAUACCAGACAGAUCAAGACAUCGCCAUGCCCUUCGGCGCCUUCUUCGAGGAAAACUGGGAUCAAUGGUUCGUUCAACUUGCGAACGAUCAAUCCUCAAUCAUGCCCUCUAUCAAUGCUUCCGACUUUGAUCAACCGCGUCGAUUAUACCCUAUCCUACAAGAAUGGUUCCAACGCAUCCAUAGCGAUGAUAUGUGGUUUGACCAAGUAACGAGGUUUGGAUUGGAUGCUAUCAAAAUGCCUAGACAGGACUUGUGGCAGGUUAUGCUUUGGAAGAGAGCGACAAGGGGGUUUUGGGGUACCGGGGAGGAGAGGUGGGAUAGGAAUGAGCCGUUUGCGAAGACGUAUAAUUGGGUUUGA